AUGGGCGUGUCCCACCGUGCUAAUGACACCCACCGUGCUAACGACACCCACCGUGCUAACGACACCCACCGUGCUAACGACACCCACCGUGCUAAUGACACCCACCGUGAUAAUGACACCCACCGUGCUAACGACACCCACCGUGCUAACGACACCCACCGUGCUAAUGACACCCACCGUAGUAAUGACACCCACCGUGGUAAUGACACCCACCGUAGUAAUGACACCCACCGUGGUAAUGACACCCACUGUGCUAACGACGCCCACCGUAGUAGUGACACCCACCGUGCUAACGACACCCACCGUGCUAACGACACCCACCGUAGUAACGACACCCACCGUAGUAACGACACCCACCGUAGUAACGACACCCACCGUGGUAAUGACACCCACCGUGGUAAUGACACCCACCGUGGUAAUGACACCCACCUUGGUAAUGACACCCACCGUGGUAAUGACACCCACCGUGCUAACGACACCCACCGUGCUAACGACACCUACCGUAGUAAUGACACCCACCGUGGUAAUGACACCCACCGUGGUAAUGACACCCACCGUGCUAACGACACCCACCGUGCUAAUGACACCCACCGCAGUAAUGACACCCACCGUGCUAAUGACACCCACCGUGCUAAUGACACCCACCGUGCUAAUGACACCCACCGUAGUAAUGACACCCACCGUGCUAACGACACCCACAGUAGUAAUGACACCCACCGUAGUAAUGACACCCACCGUGCUAAUGACACCCACCGUGGUAAUGACACCCACCGUGGUAAUGACACCCACCGUGGUAAUGACACCCACCUUGGUAAUGACACCCACCUUGGUAAUGACACCCACCGUGCUAACGACACCUACCGUGGUAAUGACACCCACCGUGGUAAUGACACCCACCGUGGUAACGACACCCACCGUGGUAACGACACCCACCGUAGUAAUGACACCCACCGUGUUAAUGACACCCACCGUAGUAAUGACACCCACCGUAGUAAUGACACCCACCGUAGUAAUGACACCCACCGUAGUAAUGACACCCACCGUGCUAAUGACACCCACCGUAGUAAUGACACCCACCGUGCUAAUGACACCCACCGUGCUAAUGACACCCACCGUGCCAAUGACACCCACCGUAGUAAUGACACCCACCGUAGUAAUGACACCCACCGUGCUAACGACACCCACAGUAGUAAUGACACCCACCGUAGUAAUGACACCCACCGUGCUAAUGACACCCACCGUGGUAAUGACACCCACCGUAGUAAUGACACCCACCGUGGUAAUGACACCCACCUUGGUAAUGACACCCACCGUGCUAACGACACCUACCGUAGUAAUGACACCCACCGUGGUAAUGACACCCACCGUGGUAACGACACCCACCGUGGUAACGACACCCACCGUGGUAACGACACCCACCGUAGUAAUGACACCCACCGUAGUAAUGACACCCACCGUAGUAAUGACACCCACCGUAGUAAUGACACCCACCGUAGUAAUGACACCCACCGUAGUAAUGACACCCACCGUGUUAAUGACACCCACCGUGUUAAUGACACCCACCGUAGUAACGACACCCACCGUAGUAACGACACCCACCGUAGUAACGACACCCACCGUAGUAACGACACCCACCGUAGUAACGACACCCACAGUGCUAAUGACACCCACCGUAGUAAUGACACCCACCGUGCUAAUGACACCCACCGUAGUAAUGACACCCACCGUAGUAAUGACACCCACCGUAGUAAUGACACUCACCGUGCUAACGACACCCACCGUAGUAAUGACACCCACCGUGCUAAUGACACCCACCGUGCUAAUGACACCCACCGUAGUAACGACACCCACCGUAGUAACGACACCCACCGUAGUAACGACACCCACCGUGCUAACGACACCCACCGUGCUAAUGACACCCACCGUGUUAAUGACACCCACCGUGCUAAUGACACCCACCGUAGUAAUGACACCCACCGUAGUAAUGACACCCACCGUAGUAAUGACACCCACCGUAGUAAUGACACCCACCGUGCUAAUGACACCCACCGUGCUAAUGACACCCACCGUGCUAAUGACACCCACCGUGCUAAUGACACCCACCGUAAUGACAACCGUGACACCCACCGUAGUAACGACACCCACCGUGCUAAUGACACCCACCGUAGUAAUGACACCCACCGUGCUAAUGACACCCACCGUGCUAAUGACACCCACCGUAGUAAUGACACCCACCGUAGUAAUGACACCCACCGUAGUAAUGACACCCACCGUGGUAAUGACACCCACCGUGGUAAUGACACCCACCGUGGUAACGACACCCACCGUGCUAACGACACCCACCGUGCUAACGACACCCACCGUGCUAACGACACCCACCGUAGUAACGACACCCACCGUAGUAAUGACACCCACCGUGCUAAUGACACCCACCGUAGUAAUGACACCCACCGUAGUAAUGACACCCACCGUAGUAAUGACACCCACCGUGCUAAUGACACCCACCGUGCUAAUGACACCCACCGUGCUAAUGACACCCACCGUGUUAAUGACACCCACCGUGCUAAUGACACCCACCGUAGUAACGACACCCACAGUGCUAAUGACACCCACCGUAGUAAUGACACCCACCGUGCUAAUGACACCCACCGUAGUAAUGACACCCACCGUGCUAAUGACACCCACCGUAGUAAUGACACCCACCGUAGUAAUGACACCCACCGUAGUAAUGACACCCACCGUAGUAACGACACCCACCGUAGUAACGACACCCACCGUAGUAAUGACACCCACCGUAGUAACGACACCCACCGUAGUAACGACACCCACCGUAGUAACGACACCCACCGUAGUAACGACACCCACCGUAGUAACGACACCCACCGUAGUAACGACACCCACCGUAGUAACGACACCCACCGUAGUAACGACACCCACCGUAGUAACGACACCCACCGUGCUAACGACACCCACCGUGCUAACGACACCCACCGUGCUAACGACACCCACCGUGCUAACGACACCCACCGUGCUAACGACACCCACCGUGCUAACGACACCCACCGUGCUAACGACACCCACCGUGCUAACGACACCCACCGUGCUAACGACACCCACCGUGCUAAUGACACACACAAAGAAAUGAACAAAUUGUUGUUUCUUCUUUUAAUUUAUUGA